AUGGUGCAAGUCACGUUGCUUUGUGCGAUCGUUGGAUUACCUCGAUGUGUUUCUGCCAUCAAAAUCGACACGAAUGAAGUGGUAGGGAUUUUGAAAGAUGCCAUUAAGGCGAAAAACGCAGUGGAUAUCUUGUGCGAUGCUAGAGAGCUGCGGCUCUUCCUGGCGAAAAAAGAUGGGGCGUGGCUGCGAGACGACGGUGAGUUGGACAGACUGGUUCAGACCGAAGGAUUUCUCGGUGGGAUGGAGGAGAUGCGCGCGUCGUGGGAAUUGUCAGAUCCUAGUUUGUUUGGUACCGGCGUAUUGCUAGGAAAGAAGAUGGUCCACGUGCUGGUGAUGCUUCCGCCGACUAUGGCUAGUCCGUUGGGCAAGUCGAUUACUGUGGGCGGUGUCACGACUCCCGUCACGUCAACGAUGAUGAAGUCACCACGGAUCGAUUUCUGGAAAGCUUUUCGAACGAUGAAUACCCCGGUCGUAGCGGACGCUGUGAUCACGUUACCUGAAAAGACAUUUAUACUUGAUGAAUCUGAACUUGGCUCCCACAUAUACGUUCGUCCUUGUUACCCGCACUUAUGGGAUCUUUGUCGAAGCAUUCUUGACGGGAAGAAAGGAACUUAUAAGCGCCUUAUCAUCCUCGGCACCCCAGGAAUUGGCAAGACUUACUUUUGCUUUUUGGUGUUGCUGUAUCUCGCACAAGAUGGAGCUACGGUGAUUUACGUGAGUUCCGAAGUGAAGGGGGAACGUACUCUAUUUUCCAGCAAUCUGGUGGUCGUAGGAUCGAAAACGGAUUUUGAAAUCUUUCUUAAGCAGAGUAAAACGUUUUACGUCGUGGAUGGUGUCAAACCAUCACGCGUGAAGGCGAAGACAAUGCUUGUAACGUCGCCACGCAAAGAGGUUUGGCAUAAGAUUUUUCAACGAAAAUGCGCGAGGUUGUUCAUGCCAGUGUGGUCAAAGCAAGAGAUGUUUAAGUGUCGUGAGCUGUUGUAUUCGAACACUCCCGUGGAGAUUGUGGAGAAAAGGUAUUUGAAAUGGGGCGGCGUUGCGCGCUACGUCUUAGAGUAUGCUGAGGACAAAGCAGUGCAAAAAUCGCUAAAGGAGGCAAUUACCAAAUCUAAUUUGCAGAUGAUACUCACAGCAAGUGUCGAAUCAAACGGCGUGGAAAGUGACGUCUCGCAUCGGCUGCUCCACUUUCGAGUCAACCACGAGUUUUGUUACAAGAGUUUGGACUUUGCAUCAGUCUACGUCGCCCAAAAAGUUUUUGAAAUGUUGUACGAACGUGGGAGAAGGGACCUAAUCGAUUUUCUUGCUGCUUCGCAUGAACUCAGCGAAGAUGCGGUGAAACGGGGAAUUCUAUUCGAGCGAUUCGCGCUUUCAUUGCUGUCGCAAGGGGGGACAUUUGAAUCUCGGCACUUAAAACCGAAAGAUUCUGCUACAGAUAGUGACGAAGACGAGUGCAAAUCAAAAUGCGUCGUUGUUGAUAGCGAAGGUGAUGUUACGAUGUACAAGCGCGCAGAGUCAGAAUGCGUUAAAUUGCGUCCGCGACAAACUCUUUUUUUCAAGCGAGUUCAUGAUGUGACUCAUUCCGAUGUUGGGGAAUUUCUCCAGCCUGCCUCACGUAAUUUUGAGUCGGUGGAUGCGAUGGCUAAGCCCGACGAGUUAUUUCAGGUUACUUGUGCACAAGUGCACCCCUGUAAACAAAAUGGGCUUCUCAAGGCUCUUGAGAUGCUUGGGAACCCUGAUGAACCGCGGCUAUAUUUCGUCGUUCCGCCGGAUGUAUACGAGGGGUUUGAAUACCAAGAGUAUCAUACUGUUAAAGGGGGGAAGGCAAAGAUCAUUGAUAAGCGGUUGAAGAAGUUGGAGCAGCAUGUUAUAAAGAUCGACUUUUCUCACAAGAUUCGUUUGACAAAGAAAAACGCAUUGAGUCGCACCAGUUCACGUGAAAAAGACGAGGAAAUUUCAGGGCAAAGUGGUGCGCCAAAAUGUGCGAAAUCUGGCAGCUCGUAA